UUGUCCGUUGGGGAAAAAGGCGUCAGUCGGAGCAUUGAAAAUUCCGCGAGUCAUAGAGAUAUAUGCGCGCAGUCAUACAUUCCUGCUCUAGCUGACGUGUUUUCCCCCACUAAAUAUGCAGGUGUCAUGUCGUGGGUUAAAGCUUCGAAUGGCCACGCUCCGGCAAAUUCUUUGGUAGCUGGUCAUGAUGUUACUGGUGAGCCUAUAUACGUCAUCAGAGCUGAACAUGAGGGAGACCUCAUUCCUGGAAAACUUGUCUCCUCCAACAAAGCUGCUACUAUAUCCUGGGGCUGUAAGGAGAUCUUAAAGACGGAAUACGAGGUGCUAGUUAAGAGUACUAACCAAUGGGUACCAGAUCGUGGUGGUAAUGUCCCAGCUAAUGCUCUUAAAGCAGGCAGGACUCGGGAAGACGAUCCUUUAUAUAUAGGCAGAGUUCAUUACCUGAAUUCAAUCACGCCGGGCAAAGUUCACCCAAAGCAUGGCCUUUGUUACAUAUCUUUUGACGGCAAAGAAUUAAACUUUACCAAUUAUGAAGUGCUUUUGGAAAAUUGA